GGUAUUUCUAACACACUUUUCCUUUUCAAAUUAUUGAUGAAUAAAUUUUAUUUGUUUGAUUCUACACGCAGCACAAAGUAAUAAACGAUUAUUGAAAAUAAAAUUUUCAUAAAUGACCACUUCGAAUUCAAAAUUGAAUUCAAAUUCAACAGUAUUGUGGACCCGAACUCAGGCCGAGCUUCUCGCACGACACAUCAGCUACCCGCGCAACACGACAUCCACAGCAAUAGUCGCACUUACCAUUCUCUCCUACCCAUCACUCACCCAGCUCUACCUGCAAACCCACCAAAUCCUGAUCACCGAACCCUACAUCUCAGGGUUUUUAGCUUUUCGCGAAUCACCGGCGUACCUCGCCGCCUUUGCAAGCCUUCGCACAAAUAAUCCAGAGCUCUGGCCACAAGUGGUGCUCGUUGAUGGCAACGGCACUUUGCACCCGCGGCGGUUCGGCUCGGCCUGUCAUCUGGGCGUAGAGCUGGAUAUUCCGACAAUCGGCGUGGCAAAAAACCUCCUGUACAUGGAGGGCAUGACAGUGGACGCAAAGGAGUUAAAGCGAAUGUUUAAAGAGGAUAAGGCGCUGGGGGGUGUUGAGAUUGAGGUAAAUGGCGAUGUGUGUGCGAUGGCAGUGCGGCCUACGGCCGGAGAGGGGGCGACGAAUCCGAUUUUUGUGUCGCCUGGGCAUAGAGUGUCAAUGCAGACUGCGGUGGAGCUGGUGCGCUGUUGCUCACGGUAUAGGGUGCCUGAGCCUAUACGCGUGGCGGAUCUGCAUUCGCGCGUUGUUGUCCGAGAAUUAGAAGAAUUGGAAGCCAGUGUGAGUGCAGAGUGACUAGUGUUUUUUAUUCGUUACUAUCUCUUGGGGUGGCUGUGCCUAUUACCAUUCUCCCUAUUUUUGGUGUUUUGUUGCUGAACAAUGGGCAUUGAAGCAAUUUUAAAUAAACCUAUAUCCUAUUGUGCUUCUUUACACGUAGGACAAUCCUGUUACUAACAUAAAUUCUGAUUUUUGAAUUCCGCCUACAAACACUGGAAUGAUCAUAUCGCCAUACAGCACCACUGUGCCCCAUUUGAUUCACAGUCAUCCUCAUCCACCUACUAUGCAACGGCCGUUUUUUUGCUGAACGG